AUGCGCUAUGGCUUCUGCAUUCUGCCUUAUGGCUCCUGUAAUUUUAUGUGUUUCCACCUUAAGAAUACCUACUUUUCUAGUGCUCUAAUAUGUCUAUGGUGGCCUCUCUCAGUUAUAUAUGUGUUUUGUGUAAGGGGGUUUUUUAGAGGGUUAUUCUCCCUCGGGUGAGGUGGUGUGUGUUUUGUGUAUGAUUAUGUGAGGUUAUGUCUCGUACGAAUUUUUAAAUUAUGCCGGGAUAAUUCUUUAUCAGGAUUUUACAUAGUUCUAAAAUGUAACAAGAUUCAAGGAUUGCUUAUGCAAGUUGUAACAGUGACAUAGCCCCGGACGACAAAAAAAAUGAAGCUGGUUAAGCCAAAUUGGGUUACUCACGAUGGGUACCCGAUAUUUUCUAUCGAUAUACAUCCCAAUGGGAAAAGAUUUGCCACCGGUGGUCAAGGUGGCGAUUCAGGAAGGGUUGUUAUAUGGAAUAUGGAACCAGUGGUUGAUGAGGCUGCAGAAUUAGACUCUAAUGUUCCAAAGAUGCUUUGCCAAUUGGACAAUCAUCUUGCAUGCGUAAAUUGUGUACGAUGGAGCAAUAGUGGACUGUUAGCAUCAGGUGGAGUAGACAAACUUAUUAUGAUUUGGAGAUUAUCUGGAUCAGGGGGAAGUUCAAUUUUUGGUGGAAAGGCGAGUGUGGAGACUUGGCGAUGUAUCGCGACGUUACGUUCACACGAGGCUGAUGUACUUGAUCUUGCGUGGGCACCGCACAGUCCAUGGUUAGCUUCUGCCUCGGUGGAUAACAGCGUGAUAGUAUGGGAUGCCUCUAAAUUUCCUGCAGUGGUCGCUGUAUUAAAAGGCCAUACAGGUUUUGUAAAAGGGAUUACUUGGGAUCCCGUGGGAAAAUAUCUGGCAUCCCAGUCCGAUGAUAAAACACUGAGGGUAUGGCGUACCACGGAUUGGACAGAAGCAGCAUUGAUAUCUGAGCCUUUUGAUGAAUGCGGUGGUACAACUCAUGUUCUGAGACUCUCUUGGAGUCCGGAUGGUCAGUAUCUAGUAUCCGCCCAUGCUAUGAAUGGAGGAGGACCUACGGCUCAAAUAAUAGAGAGGGACGGAUGGACACAAGAUAAGGACUUUGUUGGCCACAGGAAAGCAGUGACUUGCGUUAGGUUUAAUGGUAAUAUUCUACAGAAGAAGCAACCAGGUUCCUCUAAACCACAACAGUAUUGCUGUGUUGCAAUAGGAUCACGAGAUCGUUCUUUAUCUGUUUGGUUAACAUCUUUAAAAAGACCGUUGGUCGUAAUUCACGAGUUGUUUACACAUUCUGUAUUAGAUGCUAGUUGGUCACCUUGUGGUCUUCGUCUUGCUGCAUGUUCUUGGGACGGGACAGCAGUAUUUAUUGAAUUCACUCAACAAGAAUUGGGACAACCUCUUGAUCCUGCUGAACAAAGUAGCUUACAUGAACGAUUGUAUGGUAAACCAUUGGUUCAAGGAGGUUGUAUGGUAAUGGAAGCACCAGAACUCCUUAACUUGAAACAACCGGUGUUGAAUCAGUCCUCUCAAGUGUCAUCUGCUCCUAGUAUUUCCCCUACCAUCAACUCCGUGACCACUCCUGUUAAGGGACCUAUUAAUAAACAAAUUGAAACAAGAACUUCAGAUGGUAAAAGAAGAAUUACUCCCAUGUUUAUUCCACCACCAGCAGAUACAGAUACAAAUAUCAGUGGUAGUUUAGGCACACCAACGUUUACGAGUAAAGUACAAACCAAGAGUUCAAUCGUGAUAGAGAAACGUAACGACGUAGUCGCGCCCAAUGUCACUUCAUCAUCCAUAAAACCAGUUACCGCUGAUACCCCAGGAUCCUCGCUUACAUUGAAACGCAAGGAACCAACGAUACUAAAGGUACACCAUUCCUCGCCAAAUAAGAAGCCCAAAUUCGUGCCCGACAGGAAUAUAGGUCAGACGUUACUGCCACCUCUGAAGCCGUCUAGCUCGUUAUCCCAACAGGCGGGUCAUUACGCUGUGACUGUCACCAAUAGCCAGGGCCUAGCUCAUUUACAAGUGUUCAAAGGCACAGAUUCUGAACCGACGUGGGAUCUUUAUUUAGGUUACAGUGCCGUGGCAUUGGCGGCAUCGCCGGCUGUGAUAGCCUUGGGGUUGGAAGAUGGGAGUCUCCACACAUUUCAUCCUGCGAAGGGAUGCCGACCAGCACCGCCACUGGCGCCACCGGCACCCUUGGCGAAAGUUCACGCUGUUGGAAACGCGGUGAUGGUGAUAUCAAGUUGUGGUGCAGUUCGCGUAUGGGAAAUAGGAAAUACAUGCAGAAUGAUUGUUUCAACUUCGGCUGCUCAUUUAGCGACGCCUGGAACGUCCCUAUUGUCAUGUACCUUGUACAAUGGGAUGCCUCAUGUAGCAUUUACUAAUGCACGAGCAUAUAUAUAUCAUAAGGAUAUGGGAACAUGGCUAUUAAUUGGAGAUAGUCAGGAUCCUGUGUGGCGAUGGUCAUCAUUCAAUGUACUGAGCACUUCUGGCAGUAGAGCGCCUAGAGGACCUUUAUCGUCACUGCAAGAAGGACUGCUCAGAACCUCCGGAAAUACUUUACCAAACCCGCGAUUACCGCAUAGCGCACCAAGCGUAGUUUCUUAUUUGGAACAACAAUUACUUACAUCUAAAGCUCUUGGAAGUGCCCAAGAAUACGUUCAUUGGCUCAUGGCAUUAGUGUCAUUCUUAUUAACGCAAGAUGGUUUGGAGAAACGUCUGAGGCUUAUUUUGGAUGAUCUUUUGGGCCCAAGUCAUACGUCAGCUUCCAAAAGUAUAUGGGAGCCUGUUAUUUUGGGAAUGAAGAAACAUAAACUUUUGGGCGAUGUACUAGCCGUAGUCGGUGGCCAUCUUCGUUGGCAAAGGUUGUACCUUGAAUAUUCGGAGCAAUUAACGGCACUGAAGAAUCAAAUUAAUUAACGAUUCAAUACAGUGCAAAUUUAUUAUACCAAAAGCAUCAUCUUUUUUUAUAAUAUCUUGUAUAUUUCUAAAGAAUAUGAUCAUAAAACUGUACAGUUUUUAUAACAUUUGUGAUUUGAAAUGUAUGAUAAUGAAUAAACAAUUUUUAGUAUCUUAA